CUUGGAGUCGCUGCAAUGAUUGAUUGACAAUGCCUAUCCUCAUACUGAAUGUAAUCCUGCUCUCGGCUCUCCUGCGUGUUCUCCCUUUUGUUAUUCCUAACCGCCUUACCUCCUCUUCCUAUCCUUGUAUCCUUUCUUUCCUUUCCACCUUGUAACAGCCGUGCUGCGUAACCUCCAUCCCCCGAACCCUGUCCCACUCCCUUUCUUCAUUCCCAGGGGCCUUUGCGACCACAAGAGGAAGCCGUGCUCCCUCGCAAGGCUCGGUCGACUUCAGCUAGGUCUGGUCGUCCCUCCCACCAUCAUAUCUCCCUCUCAAACCCCCUCGCUCUGUUACUCACCCUCCAGGCGCCGGACGUCCUUCAUUCUACCAUGUCCCACAACGCGCAGGACGCAAAACCCUCGUCUUCCACACAGUCCUUUUACAGCACAAUGAGAGAAUACACUCACACUCUUUCUCAAGAAACGCGAAUAGAGAGUGCGCCAAAAGCAGCAGCAACGGCUGUGGUGCCAGCGCUAGCGCCUUGCUCAGCGUUGGUAGAGCCUGUCAUAGACGCUCGCAGACGGCGGCGCCAACGAAAGCACCGUUCUCCAACCGCGAUGCCAGCGUCAGCACGAGUGUCAUUAUCAAAGAGCCUUCCUUGCGCCGCAUGGGCAGCGGUGCUGCUAGCCGCGCUCGCAGGGCAGACAGUAGCUGCAGCCGCUGUGCCCGUGCCGCCAGGUUCGUCGCCGCGCGUGCUUCUGCCGAACGCGCCGGAUGUACUGGCGCAGGCACAACAGCAGGCGCAAGCUGAGGCUUACCAGCAGGCACAGGCGGCCGCCCUCGCACAAGCACAGCAGCACGCACAGCAGGUACAGCAAUUGAGCUCUCAGCUGCCUUCCAUCCCGACACGGCCCUCUGUUCAAUCGCAGCAUCAAACGUCCUCAAUAGGUUCAACAGACAUGAUCUAUGGGCGUCCAGUCAUCGUCAGGCCCGCCAACGCUCCGUCCGCCGCGAGCAUUGCGAAUACCGCCGACAUUGUCUACAGUGGCACACAUGCGAGUCAACUCUCGGGUGCCGGUGUUGCGCCAUCGAGAGCUACCAUUUCCAAAUCCAACGCGAACGCCAACGCAAGCAAUGGCGGUGGCCUGUCUGAUAUUCCGAUUACUACAUCGGCUCAGCCAGGCGCCAGCGCAGAGGUCCCGCAGACCUUUGGCGGACAAGUACAGGCCCUGCCAGUGCAGUCACUGCCGCAGCAAAUAUCGUCCCAACCUAACCGGGUCCUUGCUUCAUGGCAGACAGUGGGCUCUGAGGCACCCACAAUUUCAAGUCGACGCGAUUACAUCUUCGCGUCGAUGGCGAAUGGUGGUGUCUACUCGGAAGAGGAGCAGCGAUUCCUCCUCCAGCACUGGCUGCAGAUGCAUGGCGAGAGGCAUCUGCAGAGCAGCGUCAGCAGCGUAGGCGGUCUCCAGCGCAGGCGCGCGAGUCACGGUGGCGAUGGCGAUGAUGAAGACAGUUCUAGCGGCUCAAGUGACAGUAGGGGGGCAAAGUCGGAUUCUGACUCGAGCUCAGGAGCACCGUCCGCAUCGGAGGAUGUCCUCACUUCCAAUGGGGGAAGUCCCUCCAGCGACAACGACCACAGCAGCAGUAGCAGUGAUGAUGGCAGCUCAGAUGCUGCGUUCCCUGCUAAUGAUGCGCUAGCUGGCUCAUCCGACGGCAGUGAUGCGGAUAGCGGAAGUGGCAGCAGCAACGGGACUAGUGAUGGAGCUGCGACUCCAUCUGAUGAUGCCCGCGCAGAGGCUUCAACCGCUGGCGCAAUCGUUACAUCCAGCAGUAGCGAUGGUGCAGCGACUGCUUCCGCAACAAGCCCUUCGAGUCCUAUCGACAGCCCUGUCCUUGCUGCACCUGCUCCUUCAUCAACCACAAUCUCAACCCCGACAGCUUACUAUGCAGUCGUCACUGUCACUGUCACGGAGAGCACAACUGUGACGCCCACACCUUCCGUCGCCGCCGCAGCAUCCAAGCAGGUUCAAGCGGCCAUUGUGAACGAGCCGUCGGCGUACAUCAUUGGACCUGUCAUUGCUCCUGCUUUCGUCGUGGCUAACCAGCCGAAUGCAUCACACGAUCCGGUUCGUCCCCAACCUACAGCCACGGCGCACGUUCGGUUCCCAUCGCAAGGCUUCUCCGCCGUUGCCGUCGCAGCCGAGCCCCGAAGCUCUUCAGCAGCACCGCAGCAACUGGCCUCCGACGGGCUUCUGGGUAGCGUACAGGGUGCGCUUGGCUCGGUCACUGAUGCACUUGGCUCGACGGUGAACUCGAUUGAUUCGAGUAUUGGUGGUCUGCUCGGCGGUGCUUUCGGCGCGCCGCAGGGUUCGGGGAAGGCUCAGGCUGGCGCUAGCUCGGGUAGCGGCGCCACGUCUGGCUCGUCCGACUCUGACCCAGACUCAGACUCUUCGUCCGGCAUACCGCUCGCUUCAGUUGGUAUAGCGGGAGUCGGCGCGAGCAUCGGAACUCAUGGCGUCAAUGUCACGGUCGGCUCCAAGCCCAUCAAGAACAGCAAGUCUGGCGAUCAGCUUGUAGCUGGCUAUUGGGCUGAGGUGAGUUGGACCGUCUGCAGUUUCCUGUGAAUCGACUCGAGCUGAUGCUCGACUGUACAUAUCUUUUUGCAGUGGACGGCCAGCACGAUGCCUCCUGAAUCGAUCGACUUUUCGCGCUACGAUAUCA